UUGGGACCUGUGAGCUGACAAGUGCUCUGGCUCCGGGGGUGACAGGUUGCCCAGCGUCUUACAGCCCUCUUCACUAAAACUAAGGUUAACGCCUCGCUCUCUAUGGACGGCCGCUCUCCGCUUCCAAGGGCGUGAAGAGUUUUCCUUUUCUCCUGUUCGUCCAUCUGAAAGUUCUCCUUGGAUAAUUAUCGUCGCAGUGGAGUGCUGGGGUUGGACAGUCUCAUCGGGGUCAACUAAAAAAAGCAAGCAUGCAGGACGACAGCCUAGAGGCGUCCACCUCCAUAUCCCAGCUGCUUCGAGAGAGCUACCUGGCCGAAACCAGGCACCGGGGCCACAGCGAGCGGAGCCGCGCCGAGCCCUCCACCAGCGCCUUCCCCCGCGGCGGUCCCUCGGGGGUCCUGGAGGGCAGUGGCCCCGAAGACCUCCCAGACCUCUCGGCCUUCCUCAGCCAGGAGGAGCUGGAUGAGAGCGUCACGCUGGCAAGGCUGGCCAUCAACCACGAGCCCGCGGAGCGCGUGGACGACGCCCGGAAGCCCGCGCCGCGCCUGCACCCCGAGAGCGCGCCCGCCACCCGAGAGCGCCCCCCGCCGGCGGGGCCCGUGCCCGUCCCCGCCGCCGCCGCCGCCGCCAGCAGGGACAACGAGGUGAACCACGCGCUCGAGCGGCGCGAGGCCCGCAGGCGUGAGGCCGAGGAGGCGGGCGGCGGGGACGCCUCCCCCGGGUCGUCGCCGUCCUCGCUGUACUACGAAGAGCCUCUGGGGCAGCCUCCGCGCUUCACGCAGAAGCUGCGGAGCAGAGAAGUGCCCGAAGGAACCCGAGUGCAGUUGGACUGCAUAGUGGUGGGAAUCCCACCGCCUCAAGUAAGGUGGUACUGUGAAGGCAAGGAGCUUGAAAACUCACCAGACAUUCAGAUUGUGCAGGCCGGAAACCUGCACUCGCUGACCAUCGCUGAAGCCUUUGAAGAGGACACGGGACGCUAUUCCUGCUUUGCGUCUAACAUCUAUGGGACAGACUCAACUUCUGCUGAGAUUUAUAUAGAAGGAGUUUCUUCCUCUGACUCAGAAGGGGACCCUAACAAGGAUGAGAUGAAUCGAAUCCAGAAGCCAAAUGAGGUGGCCUUGCCUCCCACCACCUCUGCAGCCCUUACUCCAGCAGUGUCCCCAGCCCCACACGUGGCGGCCCAGCCCAGAGUGACAACCGUCCAGCAGUGCCAGAGUCCUACCAGCUAUUUACAGGGAUUGGAUGGAAAACCUAUCAUUGCGGCUCCAGUGUUUACAAAGAUGCUACAGAACUUGUCAGCCUCUGAGGGUCAGCUGGUUGUCUUUGAAUGCAGAGUAAAAGGAGCACCAUCCCCCAAAGUUGAGUGGUAUAGGGAAGGGAGCUUAAUAGAAGAUUCUCCAGAUUUUAGGAUUUUACAAAAAAAACCUCGUUCCAUGGCAGAACCAGAGGAGAUCUGCACCUUGGUCAUUGCAGAGGUGUUCGCGGAGGACUCCGGCUGCUUUACGUGUACCGCCAGCAACAAGUAUGGCACAGUGUCCAGCGUGGCACGGCUCGCUGUGACAGGGAACGAAGACCUCAGCAACAAUGGGGUGCUUCCCCCAGCCCUGUCCACCGGCAGCCUGGCUACCACUGAGCCUCCAGCAGCCCUAGCCAGUCCUGAGCCCCCUCCCACGGAGCAGCCCCCCAAGCCCAAACUUGAAGGAGUCCUGGUAAACCACAACGAGCCCCGCUCCAGCUCCCGGGUUGGGCUGCGUGUGCACUUCAACCUGCCAGAGGACGACAAGGCAAGCGAGGCAUCCUCAGAGGGCAGUGUGGUGGCCGCCCAGACCAGGCCCAACUCCUUCCCAGAGCAGCUGGAUGGGCAGGCUGCCAAAGGCCCCGAGACGCCCUCACCCGUGAAGGAGCCCCCUCCAGUUCUGGCCAAGCCCAAACUUGACUCCUCCCAGCUCCAGCAGCUGCACAACCAGGUCCUGCUGGAGCAGCAGCAGCUUCAGGGCCCGGUGCCUGCCCCGCCAAGGGCGUCUCCCUUCCACGCUGGCUCCAGCGGGGCACUUAGGGCCGCAGCGCCAGCCCCCUCCCCGUCCGCGACCCCGUCCCCCUCACCGGCGCCCAGCCUGUCCAGGCCGAAGCACUUCUUGCCCUCCACGCCCCCCAGCAGCUCCCUGGCGAGUGGUGCCCCCCACACGCUGCCAAGGACUCUGAGCCGCGAGAGCCUCCUGCCACCCGCACCCCACCCGGCCGAGCCCUCGCCCUCUUUCUCCACACCCGGAGGAAGCCAGUUUCAGCCACACCACGUGCCUCCUGCACCCGUGUCCCCCACCAGCCGGAUCCAGAACCCCGCUGCCUUCCUCAGCUCCGUCCUGCCCUCCCUUCCUGCUGUGCCCCCCACCAACGCCAUGGGGCUGCCUCGGAGCGCACCAGCUGUGCCAUCCCAGGGGUUAAUGAAGAGAAACACGAAGUCAUCGCAGCCACUGAGUGACGAUUACAUUCGUGAAACUAAGAAUGCAGUAAUUCUAGACUUGGGGAAGAAAACGAGCUUCAGUGACGUCCGAUCAAGCCAGCAGGAAUACAAAAUUUCAAGCUUUGAACAGAGGCUGAUGAAUGAAAUAGAGUUUCGCCUGGAACGCACACCUGUUGAUGAAUCUGAUGAUGAAAUUCAACAUGACGAGAUUCCCACGGGCAAGUGUAUCGCUCCCAUCUUUGACAAAAGACUCAAGCACUUCCGGGUUACAGAAGGCUCACCGGUCACAUUCACCUGCAAAAUUGUUGGGAUACCUGUUCCAAAGGUUUACUGGUUCAAAGACGGGAAGCAGAUUUCCAAGAGAAACGAGCGCUGCAAAAUGAGGCGAGAGAGCGACGGGACGUGCUCGCUGCACAUCGGCCGCGCCAGCGGCGACGACGACGGCAACUACACCGUCAUGGCCGCCAACCCCCAGGGGAGAAUCAGCUGUUCUGGCCACUUAAUGGUACAGGGUGUACCUCUUCGCAGUCGACUGACCUCUGCCGGUCACUCCCACAGGGGAAGGUCCAGACUGCAAGAAAAAGACAAAGAGCCCCUUCAGGAACGCUUUUUCCGACCACAUUUCCUGCAGGCUCCUGGGGAUAUGGUGGCUCAUGAGGGAUGCCUCUGUCGCCUGGACUGCAAGGUGAGUGGCUUACCACCCCCAGAGCUGACAUGGCUGCUCCAAGGUCAACCUGUGCUACCUGAUGCCGCCCACAAGAUGCUUGUCCGGGAGACAGGGGUGCACUCGCUGCUCAUCGACCCCCUCACGCAGUGCGAUGCGGGCACCUACACGUGCGUGGCCACCAACAAAACUGGGCAGAAUUCCUUUAGUCUGGAGCUCACAGUGGUCGCCAAGGAGGUGAAGAGAGCGCCCGUGAUCCUGGAGAAACUGCAAAACAGUGGUGUCCCCGAGGGCCACCCCGUGCGGCUGGAGUGCCGUGUGAUCGGCAUGCCCCCACCCGUGUUCUACUGGAAGAAGGACAACGAGACCAUCCCCUUCACCCGGGAGAGGGUCAGUAUGCACCAGGAUACAACAGGGUAUGUCUGUCUCCUCAUCCAGCCAGCCAAGAAAUCAGAUGCUGGCUGGUAUACGUUGUCAGCCAAGAACGAGGCUGGCAUUGUAUCGUGUACCGCUAGGCUGGAUAUAUACGCUCAGUGGCACCAGCAGAUCCCACCACCCAUGUCCAUCCGGCCCAGUGGCAGUCGCUACGGAUCUCUCACCAGUAAAGGACUUGACAUUUUUUCUGCCUUUUCCUCUGUGGAAAGCACAAGGGUGUAUUCAUGCUCUUCUAGUGUCGUGGAGAGCGAUGAACUUUAAGGCUUCCCCGGGUGCCUGUGGCAGAAGGGGUGGACUGUGGAGGGAGGAGGACGACGAGCUGGACACAGUGGUUUCCAAGGGCUUGAGGGGGCCCCACGCCGCAGGACCUGUGCCGAUGGAGCUUUGGGUAAGCUGGCUGGGCUCCCUUGCACUCUGCAUUGCAGGAGGGCUGCAGGGCUGUGCCUCUGGAAGCGUCCAACAAGAUGUGAGCCCACAGUGUCACCCCACUGCCAUCCCCCGCCAUGGGGGACCAAGAGGGGCCUGGUUGUUAUGGAUGCUUAUGCUCUCUAGGAGCCAUGAGGAGCCAUGUGUCUGGGCAGAGCUGAGCUGGACAAUAAAGACUCAGGCUGUAACCAAUUCACUGGCAGUCGAGGGACAUGCUGGGGAGGUUACUGUCACCUUUUACCAGUUUCACCUACAGGAGUAGUUUCAGCGGCUUCAUCACAUGAGCUUCCUCUUAGCAUAAGAGGUGGUGGCACUCUGCUCAGACCUGAGGUGCAGCACUUUUGAUUUGCAUAUCCUGGGUGUAUAGAGCCAUGUGAUAAGGUGCCAGAACAUCUUGAGAUACGAAAAAUCAGUGAAACACUCAGUAUUGCAGUGCACCUAUUCUGUGGUCACCACAGGGCCCCAACUGUCGGCACCAUUUCCUUUCCGUGGUGACUGGCUUUUCUUCUUUCUGAUUUCUAGACUUCGGAACUAAAGAGUAGCUAUUAAGCCCAACAGAAAAAAAUCUUCAGAGUCACUUUUCAAAUGACCACCUCCAGGUGGCACUGGCAAAGCAUGCAGUCUCAUCACCAUCUGCCCACAAUUCUGUGGGCCAGAUGCUCUGCCCCUCCCCAAACCCGAAGUGCAGAAGGAAGGCGGGAGAGGUGCGGACAGGCAGUGAUGGGGGAGCGUUGGUUUUCCCUCCCUCUGCAGAGUAGUGGAAAGAGAAGGCCUUAGCAGCUGCCAGCCGCUUUAAUACUGUUGAUCAAAUUGCAUUUUCUACAUAGAAAACAGUAUGCUAGCUAGGAAGCAGAGGGAAAGGGGAACAAGCUUCUUUGGUCCCCUGUACCUAUUCACAACCCACCUCUCAUCGUAAGGGACUUUAGAUCUCACCCAGUUCACAGCAACCCCCUCAUGCCCAGGAGAACACCAGCACACUGUAGCCAUUCAGGAAAUAUUUGCUGAAAGCACCUUCAACAACAUCUUCAAGUCCUGCCCCAGUCCAAACACUGCCCAGCCACAGCUGCCGUGGCACGGUUUGCUCCAGCUCGCCUGAUGCAGCCGAGAUCCUGCUACCAGUUGCCUCUGCACAGAUCCCCGCAUUCUGUGUGCCAGGCCCCUCAGCUGGCACCUUACAUAAGCAAGUGAUUUAGAUAGAGAUAGUAAAUGCUUGGUAAGGCUUGAAAAUAAUUUCUUUGUUUCAAGACAAAAGUUUCCAAUAUAAAAAUAAAUUAAUUCAU